AUGCCCACGUCGCAACGCGACGGCCAUGCGCUGCCCUGCCUGAGGGAGCGGCUGCAGAAGCUGCAGGCAGAGAAGGCGGAGUGGGCAGAGGCGAGGAGCCGGUGGCAGACGGAGAAGCUGGUUUUGCAGCACCGGGUGGAGGAGCUGGUCGACGAGGUGGAGGAACAGCGGCAAAAUUACUUUGUGCCGCAGAGCGUGGUGCCCACACAGCAGCGGGCGGGGCGCUACGGCCCCCACGAUCUGCGGGGCCUGGCGCGCCUGCUGGGCGCCUGCGUCGGCGACCAGCCGCCGAGCGGUGUUCCCCGAGAGGAGGUCUUCAACGCCAUAGCCGCCUGUGUGCGCGAGAAGGAGAGGUACUCUUACGAUGACCAGGACUCGGCGCUGCUGCUGCUGAUCUUGUUGGCCGCCGAUGCUUGCACGUGGCUGAGCGCCAAGCAGCAGGACAGGAUCAACACAUGGCUGCGCGAUUGGGGGGGGCGUCUGAUUGACGCGCGAGUGAUGUACCAGGAGAGUUAG